AGACAAAAUCUUAAUUGCUGCUUUAGGAUUUCUAAUGGCGACGGCGGAUGAUUCUAAGAGUGUCGUGUGUAUUUGCUGUGAUAGGAAGGUUGUAGAAGUUGAUCCCAAGACAUGGAAGUUGUUCAAUGAGAUGGUUCCAAAGGAACGAUACGAUGAGCAAAUUGAGCCGGUGGAGAUGCCCCAUGUGAAAAGCACAGUCCUCAAGAAGCUUUUAACCUACAGCGUGAGGAUCAGUGAUACCACUUGCUCCUCGGACGUGCUGAAGACUUGGAUGUAUGACGAGUUCCUACACGGUGAAGAGCGCCUGACCAGUCUCAUGGACCUUAUCAAGGUGGCUGAUUAUCUGGAUCUUCAGUCAUUGUAUGCUGGUGUCAUCCAGUAUGUGGAGGACAAAUCACAAGAAGAAAUAUCCUAUAUGGUACGCAAUGAAGAUCUCAAGAGUCUCCUCAAGAUUGUCAAGUCGGCUCUUUAUUACCUGGAAGAGACUGAGAAGCUCUGGUCUGCUGUGCGGUCCCUUUUAAUGAAAUCAAAAGAAGAGUUCUCCCAGAUGAUUGCCAAAGAAGAUAUCCUCGGUUUGAUCAAAUUGAUCGAGGUGGCUAAGCCCUUGUCUUAUGAGAAACUGUGCAAAGCUGUGCACAACCUUAUCCUCAGUAAAUCCAUAGACCAGCUUUCCCUGGAAAUCCAUAACCAAAACCUCAAGGCUCUCAUCAAAAUUUUCUGGGUGGCUAGAGCUGAGAAACUUCAGACACUCCAAGACAUGGUGGUCCAAUAUGUCUUCGAUAAAUCAGAUGAGGAGUUGGUCCAGAUGGUAAGCACCGAAUUACCUUGCUAUCAGUCCAUCUACUUGGACGUGGCUCAGUAUCUGCGAGUGGGCACCACUGAAGCUGAGGAAAUAUUUAAUUGGCCCUCUAACGAGACAUUGAAUCAAAAAAUUCCCAUCGAGGAGGAAGCUGGGGAUGGUAGCAAAAAGAAGGAUGGAUGGAUGGCAAAAGAAGAAGAGGACCAAGACUAACAAGUUGAAGUUGGUACCAUGCAUACGUAAGAAGCCAAGUACAAAAAAGCUUAGCUUGAAGAAGGAUCUCUCGGAUAACUAAUCUCAUUAAACGAGAUAUUUAAUGUUUUUAUAUUUUGAAUAAGAGAUCGACUUGAGCUCUAAUUUUAUCUUAAUGCGUUUUCAAUUAUAUCAUCACAUUCAAAUAGUAGUUAGAAACUUUAUUUAACUGUUUUGAAGAUUUUAAAAAUUUUAAAUAAUCUUGUAAGACUUAUUUAUGCU